CAAGUAACUACUGAACCGCGUGGCAGGCAAAGGAUCUUCUCUAUUUUCCUUUCUACUCAGCAAAAACUUUCCUCUUUUCUCGCCCAGAAAAAUUAUUCUAAUCGGAAUCGGUGGCAGUGACAGUGAGAAGAAGGCAUGUUGGUGGAGCUGAUCUGUUUCCUUAUCGUUGUCAUAGUACUUAAGUACUUCUUUUACUAUGACGAUGUUAUGGACAUUGGAACCUCCGAUUUCAAUGCUCUCUUUACAGUCGCCGAAAGACUUGAGAAGCUUUAUGGCGGUAAGGCUCAUGUUGGGCUUCAAAUUCCUGACCAGGAUUCUGGUUCUCGACAGAGUAUUGAUUUAAUUCUCGUCACUAAACGGGAAGCUGUGGUAGUUUGUGUUAAGAAUGUAUCAGGGUUUGUAUCUGUUGAUAAGGACGGGAGAUGGGUUUGUACUGGAGGCCAUAAGACGGAGCGUCUCCCAGAUCCUGUAGCAGAAGCAAAACGAUUAGUUCCUAUUCUUGAAUCCUACCUUGAACAAAGGGGCAUUACCCUUCCUGAAGGAUAUUUGUCUUGCAAAGUCAUAUGUCCAAACCCCAAUUUCCGUACCUUUGUGUCAGACUCUUUUCCCUCUGAGGUCAUAACGUAUGAUCAAUGGAUUCAACUAAAACCAGAAACGAACAUGCUCUCUGGUUGGAUUAAAGGUGCAUUUCUUGGUGGGAAGAAGGAAAUGCAGGAAUCAAUACAUGAGAAGCUUAAUCUUGUACUCGGCACAGCUCCAAUGUGGGACAGGUUAGAGCUUAAAGGUAAUAAAUUUGUUCUUGGAGAGUUUCUGGAGUUCAAAGGGGACAAUGAAGAUAUUCAGGCACUGGGAAACAUCAGGAGAUCAAAAGUUAGUAAAGUAACAAUCCAGAAAACAAGCAUGUUAGGUGUCGCGAGUUCCAAGCUCCAAGUUCUCUACCGUCCUCGAGAUUAUCGUGGUGAAGGGGCAUCAGCUUCUGACUGGAAAGAAGUCACUGUCCAUUCCAGGACAGAGAUUAAAAUUCUACCAAAAGGUUCAACUAAACCACGCAAAUACAAGUUAUCCUCGGUUAUUUCCCUGUCAUUUAGUGCCUGAUCUGUCCUCGUGAAGUAUAUGGGCAUUUGAUCGUUGAGAUGGAAGUGGUGUAAUAAAAAUGUAUAACUAGGCUGAACCUCAUUUUACCUCCAGAAUUACUAAGCUGAUGUGCAUAUCCCUUCAGGCUUCAGGAGCAGCAAUUCCGGGUCAAUGUCAUACAGAUAGGGUUCUCUUAGCUCUUUCCUUCGUAAAACAUUGCCGACAUAGAGCACUAGUAAUGAGUAGAAAACAUAUUAGUAAAUUCUGGUAUAUGAUAGAGCAAAUUGUCUGUAAUGUUUUAAAGAUUUAACUUAUAUACAUUGAAAGCAAAGUAUUUUUACACUGGUAGUGCCAUAUUGUAGUAGGUAUUUGUCUUAUUUUCCGGAUCACUAAUCGAACUUCUUAUAGAUGGUUCCCUUUGUUA